GGCUGGGACCGGGCCCGGGGCGGCGGGGCCGGCGCCUCCGCUCUCCUCCUGCUCCUGCUUCAGCCUUUGCUCCCACUGCGGCCGUGGCCCCCCUCGGCGCGGCUCUCCGCGCUGCGCGCCCGCCGAGCCCGCGGCUCCCCGGCCCAUGUACUGGAAGCAUGAGAACGCCGCCCCGGCGCUGCCCGAGGGCUGCCGGCUGCCGGCCGAGGGCGGCCCCGCCACCGACCAGGUGAUGGCCCAGCCAGGGUCCGGCUGCAAAGCGACCACCCGCUGCCUUGAAGGGACCGCGCCGCCCGCCAUGGCUCAGUCGGACGCUGAGGCCCUGGCAGGCCCUCUGGACAAGGACGAGGGUCGGGCCUCUCCCUGUACGCCCAGCACGCCAUCUGUCUGCUCACCGCCCUCUGCCGCCUCCUCCGUGCCGUCUGCCGGCAAGAACAUCUGCUCCAGCUGCGGCCUCGAGAUCCUGGACCGAUAUCUGCUCAAGGUCAACAACCUCAUCUGGCACGUGCGGUGCCUCGAGUGCUCCGUGUGUCGCACGUCGCUGAGGCAGCAGAACAGCUGCUACAUCAAGAACAAGGAGAUCUUCUGCAAGAUGGACUACUUCAGCCGAUUUGGGACCAAGUGCGCACGGUGCGGCCGACAGAUCUACGCCAGCGACUGGGUCCGGCGGGCACGCGGCAAUGCCUACCACCUGGCCUGCUUCGCUUGCUUCUCGUGCAAGCGCCAGCUGUCCACCGGCGAGGAGUUUGGCCUGGUCGAGGAGAAGGUGCUCUGCCGCAUCCACUACGACACCAUGAUUGAGAAUCUCAAGAGGGCCGCCGAGAACGGGAAUGGCCUCACGCUGGAGGGGGCAGUGCCCUCGGAACAGGACAGUCAGCCCAAGCCGGCCAAGCGCGCGCGGACGUCCUUCACCGCCGAGCAGUUGCAGGUUAUGCAGGCGCAGUUCGCGCAGGACAACAACCCCGACGCGCAGACGCUGCAGAAGCUUGCGGACAUGACGGGCCUCAGCCGAAGGGUCAUCCAGGUGUGGUUUCAAAACUGCCGGGCGCGUCAUAAAAAGCACACACCACAGCAUCCCGUGCCGCCCUCCGGGGCGCCGCCGUCCCGCCUCGCCUCCGCCCUGUCCGACGACAUCCACUACUCCCCGUUCAGCAGCCCCGAGCGGGCUCGCAUGGUCACCCUGCACGGCUACAUUGAGAGUCAGGUACAGUGUGGGCAGGUGCACUGCCGGCUGCCUUACACCGCGCCCCCCGUCCACCUCAAAGCCGAUAUGGAUGGGCCACUCUCCAACCGGGGUGAGAAGGUCAUCCUUUUUCAGUACUAACGCUGCCGGCACUUCCGCAUCUGAGCAUGGGCGCCCCGCAGCUGCCCCUCAGCCGCUGAAAUCCGGAGUCCGAGCCGCUGCCAGGGAUCCACCCGCUCUGCCUCCACCCCUCAUCCGCCAUCCUGCCCACCAUCAGCUGGGCCCCUGGGCCUGGCCUUCCCCUCUCCUGCCGAGAACCAGAACCCGCCAGGAGCACCGCGGAGCCCUCCUCCCUGAAGGCAGAGCUCCCUGAAAUUUGGAGCCAGGGUGAAAACAACAGCCUGUGUUUCCCAUUUAGACAGGAGUCGUCUUCAACUUAAGCUGAUUACAAUAGCAAAAGGCCGAAUUGAAUCGCACGACGCCAACAGCCUUCCAAUUUACAGGUUUUCUUUCCUCCCAUAUUGGCCUUUAUUUACUACUUCCUUGGAACCAUCUCUGAAUUCUGAAUAGCCGACAACCCCCAAUGUUAUCCACUCUGUUGCUUUUGUUUGGAAAACUCUACAGUGUUUGUGGGAUGUCCCCAAAGGAAAGCUAUGUUCUAAUUUUAUCAUUCCCAUCUGUCUGGUUAUGUCAAGCUAAUUCAGAGAGAGAAGAGACACUGACCAACCCUGAGAGGCCCAACAGGGCAGAGAUGGAGGCCUGCCCAGACCAAGAGGCAGGGGGAAAAGCGGGGCCCGGGGUGGGGGCGGGCGGGGCAAGGACCCCCAUUGGUUUGGAGGCCCAGGAGAAGGAUGCGGCACACUGGGCUGGGAGAAGCACUAGCCAUUUUAAGGAGAGGAAAGAGGAAACUCGGGGUGUGUGUUGGGGACCCUGCUUUCACCUAGUUAUCCAGCAUAUGUGCAGGAGACAUAGCAGAGGUGGUGUUUGAUCUGUGUGGUGACAUUUCUGAACGUUUGGACAAGUUAGAAUUGGGGACCCUUGUUGGCUACUUGACUCCUGAUGGGGGUGCUUGGGCCACGUCUUCUUUGGGGGGACCUCUCAUGGGGGAGCUGGGGAACAGAGCCCAGGGGAAGGGCAGAGUGUUCAUUCUGGACCCACCUCUGAGUAGAAAGAGGGUGCCUGCUGCCUAGGUGAGUGUACCAAGCCCAGGGUUCUAGCUGCCACUUCCGGGCUUCCCCACCAACCCUGUCCAGGGCCGGUCCCACCCACUGCUGAGAACGCAGGCCAGACGCAGCUGUGCUCACACCCGCCCUGUCCUGCUGCAGCUCUUCCACCCCAAACGAAAGGGCUUGGGCUACACAAGACCGUGAUUUAUGUUUUCAGGGGACCCCGUUUGUCCCAAGCUAAUCCUGUAAUUUUAGAAUGACUUGGGUGUCCUGAUGCAUUUCCCACUAGAGGCUGCUAGUAAGCAUGUUUCAGCCCAAGUCCUUCUUCCUGCUUUGAUUAACCUGAUACGUUGCUUUUUGGAAGGAGACUCUAGGACAGGGAAAGCAAGUUCAUGGUACCUAGGUGUCUGCUGUCCCGGUUUCACCCAUGGCAGACAUCGCCAAUCAGUCGCAGUACUCUCUAUCUCGCUGAGUCUGGGUAAGGGUUCGGAAUCCAAAUGCUUGAAGUUGGCACUUAAAAUGAAAAACGAUAUGCUGUUCUUGCUCUGGGACCUGGAGGAGGGCUGGGCCCGGGUGCAGCCCAAGAAGGGAACUUGCUUCUUUUGCCUUUCAAAGACAGUUCCAGCUGACUCAGGGCAAAGGAAAGACACCCCUCAGAAUGUGAUCAGUGCAGCUUGGUUCAGAACUCACCCGGUGAAUAAAGUGUGCCUGGCCCUACACUUGGCGCUGAUGUUAACAGGAGCAGCUUGGGCCCAGUUCCUGGUGAUUGCGGAGCUCUAAUCUUUCCUUUGAUUUUUGCUCCCAGCCAUCGCAGUCCCAAGCACCAUCACGUGCUGAGUGGCCAGCCGAGCCAUGCCCAGGGUCACCCAGUACCCACUCUGCCUUGAGCCUCCCCCCAGGGUCUGUUCCUUGCGUGGAUCACACGUCGUAGCAUGCUGCGGUUCAGACACGUCUCCACUAGCCUGUUAGAACAGCCUGGGAACGUACAGGCCAUCAAGACUAUUUAUUUAAAUACAAAACAAAAGGAGGAAAACACACACGCGGAAAAAAAUUGUAAGCACUUUUUUGUAAAACCAAUGUCUGUUUUGUUACAUACCUUUCAUGUUGUGCUUUGUAAAUGUC